GGACGCUGUUCGCGUACAAUUUCAUGAAACAGAAAAAGGGGAGUAAGAAUACAAACAUGUUGAAGGUUCUCUCCCCUGGUGAAUACUUUAUGAGUAUGUAUACACAGAUUGGCCAGGAUCGUGCCUGUGCUUCUACUUCAUCGUGAUGGUGUACACUAACCUCGGCCCCUACAUGAGUGACGGGGGGGGUGGACAUGAGAUACGGCAUGAAACCCAACACGGCCUGUCCGGACCACUGGUGGGCCAACCUGCUCUUCAUCAGCAACUUUUACAAGGCUGACAGUAUGUGCAUGCCAUGGACAUACUACCUCGUCAAUGACCUUCAAUUUUCUUUGUUAGCUCCCUUAGUAGCCAUACCAUUAUUGUGCUACCCAGUAAUUGGGUUCCUCCUAGUGGUGCUGCUAAUUGGAGUCCAAAUAACGUCCGUGAUGGUAAUUAACACUGGCAUUAAUGGAAGCAUUUUAAGAAUGAGCAACACCGACUACUUCUCCAAGGUCUACGUGAAGCCCUACUGCCGUGUGGGGGCUUACGCUAUAGGGCUUGGUCUCGGCUACCUGCUCUACACAGGAGACAAGAAGAUACGCCUACGUCAGAUCCCUCUCUAUGUGGGCUGGGUCGUGUGCCUGGCCGUGGUGGCCAUCUUGCCCUACAUCACCUACAUGGAGAACCAGGUGGGGGGAGACAGGUGGUCUGGCAUUGAGACGUCACUAUAUGAGGCCAUUAGCCGCCCCAGCUGGGCCCUGGCUGUUGCCUGGGUCAUAUUUACAUGUUGUAAUGGACAGGGAGGUUUUAUCUCAAAGAUUCUGUCCUGGAACUUUUUCAUUCCCCUAUGUCGGAUCACGUACGGAGUGUUUUUGAUUCACCCCAUACUGAUUGAAGUCUCUCUCAACUCUGGGUACAGUAACCAGUAUGUCACAUUUGGUCAGAUGACCUACGGCUACAUUGCCAACUUCGUGUCCUGCUGGUGCCUGGCCCUGAUGUUUAUUGUCAUCAUAGAGCAACCAUUCACAAGCAUAGAGGCCCUGGUUCGUACACACCUCACCUCCAAGAAAACAAGAUGAUGAAUGCUAACCGUGCAUUAUAUUAAUUUUUGUGGAACAUGUACAAAAAUCCUACACCUCUUCUUUCAUUGUAUGCUGUUUUAAAAAAGAAUAAGUUUGAAAGUGUCUAACUGAAAAAUGAGUAACUAAAAAUUGUAUAUGUAAGUUUUCGUGUGUGAAGAUUGUUGUAUUGGAAGUAGAAUUAACUUUUUAACAUGUAAAAAAAAAAGCUUGAAUUUUUUAAAAAAGUUGUCUCCCUUUGUUCAAGCACCCCUAAGUGUCACAAUAUUUAUUGCAGCAGAAUGAAUAGAUCCAUUGACAAGAUUUUAAUAAGGUCAUGGGUGGUAGGAGAUUUUACAGCAAUGCCAUUUUUACCACACAAUUUUUUUUUUAAAAACAAACAUGAAGUCAUUAAAAUUGGUAAAUAGGCUACA